UGGGCGGUUCAUGAAUGGGGUUCUGGAGUGGGAGGGCCCGUCAUCUGACUUUACCAGGCAGUAAAAAAGUGGGUGUUGUGCUGUGGUGUUUGGUUUGGUGCGAUGCAUCUUCAUGACUGUUUUUAAACCCACGGGCAGCGGUUCACGGUGCGUACGGACUGCAGCGGAGCCAUCAGCCGACAUCCAUCCGUUGAGACGCGCAGGCCAACGGCAGGCGUGCAGCGGGUGCAGCGGGGGGGAAAGCUAGCUCCGACCCAAAGACACUCAGUGACACGGCAGCCCCGGAGCCAGAGGAGGCAGAGCCGCGUCGGUGAGCCAUGGGGUUCCGCAAGAAGAACAAGAGCCCGCCGGUGCUGAGCCACGAGUUUGUGAUCCAGAAUCACGCCGACAUGGUGUCGUGUUUGGCCAUGAUUAUCCUCCUCGGCCUGAUGUUCGAGGUCACAGCCAAGUUUGCCAUCAUGUUCAUCACAGUCCAGUACAAUGUCACACAAGUUCUUGAUGAGAAGAGUGAUCCAGUGAACCUUUACCAGUACGGACCUAAGGAUGUGGCCACUGUGUUUUUCUACCUGCUCAUUGCGGUCAUCCUUCAUGCCUUGAUACAAGAAUACAUUCUCGAUAAAAUGAACAGGAGGUUGCACCUGUCGAAAACCAAACACAGCAAGUUCAACGAGUCGGGACAGCUCGCGGCGUUCUACCUGUUCUCCUUCAUCUGGGGCUGCAGCAUCCUGACAGCGGAGGACUUUGCAACAAAUCCUACCUUCUUAUGGGAGGGUUACCCACACACUCACAUGGUUUUUCAGGUCAAGUUCUUCUACAUUUGCCAAAUUGCCUAUUGGCUCCAUGCACUUCCUGAGCUGUACUUCCAAAAAGUACGGAAGGAGGACAUCCCCCGCCAGCUCUAUUACAUUUGCCUUUACGUUGUCCACAUCACUGGUGCCUAUGUCUUAAACCUCCACCGACUGGGCCUGGUGUUGCUGGUCCCUCACUACCUGGUGGAGCUUCUGUUCCACGCUUCACGCCUCUUCUACUUCAGCGACGAGAACAAGCAGAAGGGUUUUACUCUGUGGGCGCUACUUUUUGUCAUCGCCCGCCUCCUCACCCUCACACUCUCAGUUCUGACGUUUGGCUUCGGGCUGCCCCGUACAGAAAACCAGGGCUUUUCCCUAGCAGAAGGCAACUUCAAUGUGCUCACCAUAAGGAUGACUUGUCUGGCAGCUAUUUGCCUGACACAGGCUUGGAUGAUGUGGAAAUUCAUUAACUUCCAGUUGAAAAAGUGGAGGGAGCACAGCCAGAACCAGGCCUCAAAGAAGAAGGCGGUCAGCCCAAAGAGCAAGCCUCACAAAAGGGAGCCUGCAAGGGGAGGUGCUGUCAACGGGGUCGUGAAGUCCGAGGACAAAACAUCACCACGGGCGAGAAAAGCCAAAGCUUCAUAAAGACGCAAGAACUGGGUGGAGAAAAGAAAAAAAACUGAGUGAGGGAGUUCUGACAGUGUGACAUAAUGUCUUUACACAACUUCAAAUUUUGUCUACUGCUCUCCAAAACAAGCGUUUUAAGCGCACUAAGAAACCUUACCUUACAACUGUCCCUUCGGGGGUUGAAACUCCUUUCUGAACAAGUUCAGUGUUACUGUCUGCUAGACAUGUUUAUUGUUAAUUUGGGUUCUCGGCAGAUGGGAUGUUGGCAGGAUGAGUUUGAUGCUUUAACAGGAUAGAUUUCAAAGUGUCCUUUUGUGUAAAACUACGAUCACUCACCGGGUACUUUUAAACUGAGUCGCUCUUCACUAAUCUGAAACAGUAAACAUCACAGUGAGUUCAAAAGCAGAAGAAUUUUUGACUUCAGGGCAAGUUAAUAUAAAGUGUUAAUGUACAGAAUAACUUUACGGGGUGUCAUUUUAAGUUUGGGCCUUAUUUAGUUCACCUUACAAACAGGCCACUGGCUCAAGUCCCCCAGAUAAAGCCUUUUUUUCUCUGCGAGACAGCACUCGGAUAUUCUGCUGUCGUCAGGAAAAGAUCCUAAAUGAAUUGCUCCAGAGGAAUAUUUGUGCUAUUUAGGUCUUUGGCGUAGCUGCAGCCAGAAAACUGAAGCUUGUACUUAACUCCUUGAUCAUUUACUGCCAUUAUUUGACAGCCUCUGCCUUUGAAAUCCAACACGUUAACAGGAUUGAGGCACUUUUGUAUUAUUGUUUGCUUUUAUCACUCAGCCUGGUAAUCGGCUUCACCCUGUUUCUGGGGCUCGUCCAGGUUUUGGUGACCUACCAAGAGGAAGCUGCACUGUAACCUGUGAUGCUGUACUGUAUGCAUACAGUUAAAUCUUUAUAUCGGCAUGAUCGGAAACUUGAGCAAGAAACUGUGUUCGAGGCUGCGAUUCAGUCUUUUCUAUGGUAAUGUCAAUGCAUGAUGGUUUAAGGCUAGUUAUGGCUAGUUUCCUAACUGUGCUGUUGAGUUUGCAUCUCUCUCACACACACAAACACACACACACACACACACACACACACACACACACAAGCAUUCAGUGGCCUUUUUACAACUGCUGCAAGAGGUUUGAGUUAUUUAUUUUUGCCAUAUACUACAGAUAGUUAUUAUUUUCUAUGCUUUUGACGAGCUAUAACCAGCAAACACAGCGGUACAUAGCAACUGCGUUUAGUUAAUCCAAACAAUACAAUCUUUCUUCAAGUGUCCUUAUAAUGUCUGUGGUUUGUAUCACUCGUUCUGCUCGUUUCGCGUUCUGUUUGCCUUCUCCGUUUGCUUUUUUUUUUUUUUAUUCUCGGGUAUCAGGGGACAAGCUACCCACCACUUACACUAUAAGAUGCAUCCCAUGGUGCAAUGGGAGGUGUGUUGUAAGGGGAUGUGUUUUGUAUGCCUGUGCACUUACUCGUGCGUGUGCAGUAUUGUUUUGCCUACUGUGUAUGUGAAUUAACUGGGCGUGAAUGAUGGUGAUGAUGGUGAUGACAACGAUGUUUAUUGCUUGUCUCGUAAAAUAAUUAUUGCCUGUGUGCAGAGCAUGAAAUGUGACAAUCUGUUCAUUGACUCCUGCCCCGUUUGUUGGAUUUCAUGAUCUUAUCCUUUAGUUCACUUCGGUUGGGCCCCGUCUCAGCUCCCCAACACGCUUCUGUGUGUGUGUGAAACACUGAGUCGUGGAUUGGUGUGUGUUCUAUAGGUUACUAAAUGCUUAUGUGUUCACUGUCUCCGCCCCUCAGAUGCCCCUUUUUUUCCCCGUGUGAGAGAGAUUCUGUGAUUUGCGUUUGCCAAAUGUGGCAUGUUUCGUCCUCCCUGCUUCACCUUUUCAAUGAUCGUGACAUUGCUAUGGAGUGCACGUAUUGUACUGUUGGCCACACUCGUUCCUCGCCUGGACGUGGAGUCCUGCUCUGCUACUAAAGCACUGUGCAUGUGACGCUCUGUGCAGAAAAAAGACUGUACUACCUGUCUGCAGACAGAUGGAGUUUGGAGUCUAAGUCCAGAGCAGGGAUGAGAUGAAGAUGCCAUUCAUUUUUGCUCCCUUUAGCGCUCCUUAUUGGGACUUUGGCGUUCUUUAAAGCCCAAUGUCUGUGUAUGGCAGUGUCAUAGGAGGGAAGGAGGAGCAGAGGACUUAUGUACCAGCCUGUUAUUAAACUGUCUCAGAUGUAAAAGAGAAAAAAAAACUGACUUAACCCUACACUGUACUAAAAUAUGUGUCAGAUUUUUAAGCUAUUUUUAUAGAGGGGGAAACUGUUGAAAUUCACUGUUGUUCAGUACACACGUGUGAAUAUUUGUUUUGCAUCCAUAUUGAUAUGAAUUGUUUUUUUAUAUAAGAAUGAAGCUUGCCGAACUGUUAGCGUGGAUAUACAUUGUGGUAUGAGUGUAAACAUUUAUUUAGUCUAACGGUUUAUUUAACUUCAUGGCCUUAUUAGAGCAAAGUGAACUCAAUUGUAUAACAGUACUCAGUUAACACUACGCUGCAGGUGUACGCUGCAGCUUUCACAACUACAUGUCUCAUGAUAGUGAAGUACACUGUCAUACCGACACUACUCAUUCACACACACAAGUUUAAAUAUAUAAUCAGAGGAGCAAAUGGUCAGUAUGGUGUUUUAUUUGUUCCAGUCCUGCAGGUGUUUUUCAGUACUUGUGAUCGCAGGACGAAUAUUUCUGCAGAGUGAAGCCAUCUGUAAGCGUUUCUUGCUCAUCAGAUGUCACCCUGUGCCACAGUCAGCGGCCGUUUUAGGCUCUGAAACAUGAGCCGCUCUUGCAGUUCACAGCCCCCCUCGCUUUGAGACACAAUAGCCUGUAUAAUCCCACAGGAAUGCACUUUUUUCUUUUUACAUAAUAUGCAUUAUGUCAGAGCACCAUAACACUGCUCACUUGGGCUGUUUUCUGCAUCAAUUCUCGGUGAAUUGCAAAUUGAGAGUUGCUCGAUUUCAAACUGUGUGCAUUUUGUAAUUGUUGAAAACUUAAAAAAAAAAAAGGCUGCAAUGAUUUAACUGUAUGAGCAACCUCUAGGUGGCAACAAUCAUUAAU